GAGUGAAGGACGAGGGUGAGUAGGUCAGCUGCUUGAAGGUGAUCCCUCCAGCUCCUGCCUCCUCUGGGACACGCGCCACCUUCAGGACACACGCCUCCUGCAGGGGCACACACGCCUCCUUCAGGACAGCACAUCUCCUCCAACGCGCUCCCAGAGAUACAUACUGAGAAAUUAAACAAGUACUGUAUAAGUCUCAGAAACACUACAAAAUGGCAGUUGACGAUGAUGGAGAUGUGCUGCCAGAUCGUGAUGCAGCUAAAGGAUUUUAUGCUAAAUAUGAGCCAAAGGAAAUUCUUGGGCGAGGAGGUUGUUCUGUUGUUCGUCGCUGCAUUGAAAAGGAAACUGGCCAACAGUUUGCUGCCAAAAUUAUUGAUCUGAGCGACUCCUCUGAUGAGGGUGUGUAUGAAGCCACUAUUCGGGAAAUAGAUGUAUUGCGCAUGGUAGCAGGGCAUCCAUAUAUAAUUGAACUUCAUGACGUAUUCGAAUCAUCAACAUUCAUAUUUUUAGUGUUUGAACUUUGUGAGCAUGGCGAGCUGUUUGAUCACCUUACAACAGUGGUUACUCUCUCUGAGAAGAAAACCAAGCUAAUCAUGCGACAACUGUUUGAAGCACUCGCUCAUGUUCACGGGAAGGGCAUUGUGCAUCGAGACCUUAAGCCUGAGAAUAUUCUUUUAGAUGACAACUACAAUAUCAAGCUCACUGAUUUUGGCUUUGCAAAAGUACUGCAACCAGGAGAAACAUUAACAGGACGUUAACACAGGUGAAGAGGUCAUCAGUGAGCAUGUGUGUGACCUUGACACUCACACUGAGGUGAAGAGCGCGCGUGCGUGACCCAGGCAGGUGGUGGCGGCCAGCUGGGGUCGCCCCGGCCAGCUGGGGUCGCCCCGGCCAGCUGGGGUCGCCCCGGCCAGCUGGGGUCGCCCCGGCCGCUCCUGUACCGCGCCAAAACAUCUCCGUUACUCUCACGUGACACUGUUGUUCUCCAUGCAGAACAAUAUGACACAUAACUGCACUAUGAAAUCACGGAGAAAGACAUUUUGUUAUAUAUUUUUCGCCGACUGGCUUUGUUACUUGUGUACACCUAUGGAAUGUGCUCUCCAGAACUGUUAAGACAAGGGGCUGUUCUAAUUAACAUUGGCCGCCAAGUGUUUCUUGAUGCGGGACCCUGGGAGAAGGAGUCCGAGACCCGUGGGGUCCCUGGAACACUUAUGGGAGUCCCCCUGGCGCCCCGGGGCCUUCCGGUCACUCAGUGCCCAUGAAAGUGUUGGUAGUGAUGGUUGAGGCUCCCACGGGGCCACGGGCCGGUCUUUGGUGACCUGUUACAGCGAGUUUCCAAGUCAUCCGCAACUGUUUAUUUGUUGCCCCAGAGUUCACCCCCACAAGUGUUCUGCCUGGAGCGUGUUCAGCCCUGAGCGUGUUCAACCCUGAGCGUGUUCAACCCUGAGCGUGUUCAGCCCUGAGCGUGUUCAGCCCUGAGCGUGUUCAGCCCUGAGCGUGUUCAGCCCUGAGCGUGUUCAGCCCUGAACGUGUUCAACCCUGAGCGUGUUCUGUCUAGUGCGUGUUCAGCCCUGAGCGUGUUCAUCCAUGAAUAUGUUCAGAUGUUAACAAUAAUGUAUUGUUACCAGCUGUCAAAUGUGCCCCUGAUAAUUAUGUAUAUUAUUGUUGAUUUAACAACAUUUUCUUGUUAAUCCCCCGGCCAAUUAAAUUAAAUAUUCCCAAGAAUUAGAAUAUAAGAAACUGCAAUACACUGAAAGUGAGGCCUUCUCAGCCCCGAGCUGUGAGCGUCGUCACUGGUGCGGGACAAGCUACUGCUGCAGUACAGGUCCCCUACGUGUACACACAUACAGUGCCAGUAGUUACAUCACCAGUAUUACACAUAAGGUAAUUACCUGGUAAUUCAGGUAAAUAAGAUACUUCAAAUUUUGUCAACUUUCACACACACAUACAUGACGGCUUAUUCUUUAGUGUCAUAUUCCAACACUUCAAUACAUACUGCCUCGUCUCUUCACGUUUCCUCACACUAAUCAGUUUGUUGUAAGUAGUCUAAAGUUUGGGUUCAAUUCGCUAAAUCAGAACGACUUCAUCGUGAUUCCCGGCGUCAGAUCCAGGAGGCGACGGGGUCGGAUCCUGCCACACAAUGUGACCUUCAUAUCCAUGUCAAGAGGCAGACGUGCCUAUAGUGACCUUGGUAAUCACAAACUGUGUUCACUUACCCUGGUGGAGAGUUCUGGCCCAUGGAUAUUGAUGUACAAGUCUGAUGCAAGUACAUCGACCUUAAUUAGUGAGGGUUCAAGCCCCGUGACUGAGAAGGGAAUCACAUGUGGAAAGUUGAGUCAAUUGAAAGUGAAUCACAUUGUAUAAAUACUUAUACGUAUUUUCUCACUCCAUUUAUCUCCAAAUAGAACCAAAUGUGUAAAUACCUACAACAAGUGUCUGAGCAGCUGAGACAAAGCUGCAGUACACAAGUCAGAUAUUGUGUCUAUGCCAAAGACGGUAACGGAGACUUACCUUUUCUUCUCCAUCUCCGUCCAACCACUUGGGUUGGACGGUAGAGCGACGGUCUCGCUUCAUGCAGGUCGGCGUUCAAUCCCCGACUGUCCAAGUGGUUGGGCACCAUUCCUUCCCAAAUCCUCAUACUGACCCCUCCAAGUUCUAUAUUAAUGGCUAGGCGCUUUCCACUGAUAAUUCCCUUCCCCCCCUCUCCGAAGUUUGGUGACUGACGCCUGAAAUCAACACUCCUGAACCCUUGGUGACCCCACUGUACCUCCCCCCCCCCCCCUCCCCCCCCC